AUGGCCCCGCAACUCGACGGCUUCUUCUCGCAGGUCGACACCCUGUCGUCGCACUUCAUCGACCGCCUCGCCAAGGCCGUCGCCAUCCCCUCCAUCUCCGCCGAUGAGGCCCGCCGCCCAGACGUCGUACGCAUGGCGCACUUCCUCGAGGCCGAGCUGAAGAGUCUCGGCGCGGAGGUCGAGCUGCGGCCCCUCGGCAAGCAGCCCGGCCACGAGCACCUGGAGCUGCCGCCCGUGGUCCUCGCCAGAUACGGCAACGACAAGAACAAGAGGACGAUCCUGGUGUAUGGUCACUACGAUGUUCAGCCUGCGGAGAAGACCGACGGCUGGGCUACGGAGCCCUUCACUCUCACAGUCGCGGAGGACGGCCGGAUGCUGGGUCGUGGUAGCACAGAUGACAAGGGACCCGUGCUGGGUUGGUUGAACGCUAUCGAGGCUCACCAGAAGGCUGGUGUUGACUUUCCCGUCAACCUGCUGAUGUGCUUUGAGGGUAUGGAGGAAUAUGGCAGUGAGGGUCUCGACGAUCUGAUCGAGGCGGAGGCCAAGAAGUUCUUCAAGGAUGCGGAGGCUGUCUGUAUCUCUGACAACUACUGGCUGGGCACCGAGAAGCCGUGCCUGACCUACGGCCUGCGUGGGUGCAACUAUUACUCCGUAGAGAUUUCAGGACCGGGUGCGGAUCUGCACAGCGGUGUGUUCGGCGGCACCGCUCAGGAGCCCAUGACCGAUCUGGUGCGGGUGCUGGCUACGCUGGUCGACACGCACGGCAAGAUCCUCAUUCCCGGCAUCAACGAGCAGGUGGCCGCCGUCACAAAGGACGAGGAGUCUCUGUACGACGGCAUCUCCUUCACUAUGGAGACCCUGCACGAGUCUCUGGGCAGCAAGACCACCAUCUUCGAGGACAAGAAGCCGACGCUGAUGGCCCGCUGGCGGUACCCGUCCCUCUCCGUCCACGGCGUCGAGGGCGCCUUCUCCGCGCCAGGUGCCAAGACCGUCAUCCCCGCCAAGGUCAUUGGCAAGUUCAGCAUCCGGACGGUGCCGGAUAUGGACAUCGAGCAGACCAACGAGGCCGUGUAUAAGUACAUCAAGGAGCAGUUCGCCAAGCUGGGCAGCAAGAACACCCUGAAUGUGUACUGCCAGCAUGCCGGUAAGUGGUGGGUUGCCAGCCCCAACCACUGGAACUUCACGGCCGCCGCAAAAGCCGUGGAGCGGGUAUGGGGUGUCCAGCCUGACUUCACAAGAGAGGGCGGAAGUAUCCCCGUCACUCUCACCUUCGAGCAGGCAACUGGCAAGAACGUGCUCUUGCUACCGAUGGGAAGCUCGACCGACGGCGCACACUCCAUUAAUGAAAAGCUUGACAAGAAGAAUUACAUCGAGGGCAUCAAGCUCCUCGGUGCGUAUCUGCACUACGUGGCUGUUGAGCCAACUUCAUAG